AUGAACUCACUCACCACUGUAGCGAGGCUGCUGCUGUCGGGGCCUUUUCUCCUCGCCCUGGCCUCCGGCUACAACCUGGACGAGCGGCACGUGCAGAACUUGUCCUUCCCACAGGCUGGCAGGCAUUUUGGGUACCGCGUCCUGCAGGUUGGAAACGGGGUUGUUGUGGGAGCUCCGGGUGAGGGGAGCAGCCCGGGGAACCUCUACCAGUGCCAGCCGGACACUGGGCGCUGCCUGCCAGUGGGCCUGAGCGGUUCCAACUACACCUCUCAGUACUUGGGAAUGACCUUGGUGACAGACCCCACAAAUGGAAACCUUUUGGCCUGCGACCCUGGGCUGUCUCGGACAUGUGACCAGAACAUCUAUCUAAGUGGCCAGUGUUACCUCUUCCACCCGGAUCUGAAGGGUCCUGUGCUGCACGGGCGCCCUGGCUAUCAGGAAUGUCUCAAGGGCAACGUAGACCUGGUCUUCCUGUUUGAUGGCUCAGGGAGCUUGCAAAAAGAUGAAUUUCAGAAAAUUCUGGCCUUCAUGAAAGAUGUGAUGAAGAAACUCAGCAACUCUUCCUACCAGUUUGCUGCUGUUCAGUUUUCCACGACCUACCAAACAGAAUUCAGUUUCUUGGAUUAUGUCAAACUGAAGAACCCUGAUGUCCUGCUGGGCAAAGUAGAACAUAUGAGCGAGCUGACCAACACGUUUGGUGCCAUACACUAUGUCGCGACCCAGGUCUUCCGGAAGGAACUUGGGGCGCGGCCAGAUGCCAGCAAAGUGCUUAUCAUCAUCACUGACGGGGAAGCCACGGACAUUGGCGACAUUAGCGUGGCCAAUGACAUCAUCCGCUACAUCAUUGGGAUCGGAAAGCAUUUUGAGAACAAGAAAAGCCAGGAGACACUAAACAAAUUUGCUUCAAAACCGGUGGAAGAGUUUGUAAAGAUUCUGGACACGUUUGAGAAGCUUAAAGAUCUGUUCUCUGAGCUGCAGAAGAAGAUCUAUGUCAUUGAGGGCACAAGCAAACAGGACCUGACGUCCUUCAACAUGGAGCUGUCCUCCAGCGGGAUCAGCGCUGCCCUCCGCGGGGACCAUGGCGUCGUCGUGGGGGCAGUCGGCGCCAAGGACUGGGCUGGGGGCUUCCUGGACCUGACGGCAGACCUGCAGGGCGACACCUUUGUUGGGAACGACCCCCUGACCCCGGAAGCGAGAGCGGGGUACCUGGGCUACACAGUGACCUGGCUGCCCUCCCGAGGUCUCACGGCACUGCUGGCCGCUGGAGCCCCCCGAUACCAGCACGUGGGGCGGGUGCUGCUGUUCCAACAGUCGGGGGACAAAAGACAAUGGAGCCAGAUCCAGAGAAUAGACGGGGUCCAGGUCGGCUCCUAUUUCGGUGGCGAGCUGUGUGGCAUUGACAUGAACCAAGACGGGGAGGCAGAGCUGCUGCUGAUCGGAGCCCCCCUGUUCUACGGGGAGCAGAGAGGCGGCCGGGUGUUCAUCUACGAGAGGAAGCAGCUGGGGUUCGAAAAGGUCUCGGAACUGCAGGGGGAUCCUGGCUACCCCCUCGGGCGAUUCGGAGCAGCCAUCGCGGCCCUGGCAGACAUCAACGGCGACAGGCUGAUGGACGUGGCAGUGGGCGCUCCUCUGGAGGAGGGGGGGGCUGUGUACAUCUUCAAUGGGCAACCUGGUGGGCUGAGCCCCCGGCCAAGUCAGCGGAUAGAAGGGACCCAGGUGUUCCCAGGAAUUCGAUGGUUUGGACGCUCCAUCCACGGGGUGAAGGACCUUGGAGGGGACGGCCUGGCAGACGUGGCUGUGGGCGCCGAGGGGCAGGUGAUCGUGCUGAGCUCCCGGCCUGUGGUGGAUGUGGUCACUCGGAUGUCCUUCUCCCCCGCUGAGAUCCCCGUGCACGAAGUCGAGUGCUCCCAUUCUAGCAGCGGCAAGAAGAAGGAAGGCGUUAACAUCACCGCCUGUUUCCAGGGCAAGCCCCUCAUGCCCCAGUUCCAAGGACCCCUGGUCACCAACCUCACCUACACUCUGCAGCUGGAUGGCCAUCGGACGCGAAGCCGGGGAUUGUUUCCGGGAGGGAGACGUGAGCUCAAUGGGAACAUAGCUGUGACCGACGUCGAGUCCUGCAUUGCCUUACGGUUCCACUUCCCGGUAUGCAUUCAGGACCUCAUCUCUCCCAUCAAUGUCUCCCUGAACUUCUCUCUCUGGGAGGAAGAAGGGACACCGAGAGACCAAAGGACGGGCAAGGACAUCCGGCCCAUCCUGAGACCCGCCCCCCACUCAGAGACCAAGGAGAUCCCUUUUGAGAAGAACUGUGGAGAGGACAAGAAAUGCGAGGCAAACCUGCGGCUGUCCUUCUCCCCUGCAAGAUCCAGAGCCCUGCGGCUGACCCCCUCUGCCAGCCUCGCCCUGGAGCUGACACUGAGUAACUCGGGCGAAGACGCUUACUGGGUCCGGCUCAGCCUGGGUUUCCCCUGCGGACUCUCCUUCAGAAAAGUGGAGAUGCUCAAGCCCCACAGCCAGCUCCCUCUGAGCUGCGAGGAGCUGCCCGAGGAGCCCCAGCUUCCCACCAGAGGCCUCUCCUGCAACGUGAGCUCUCCCAUCUUUAAAGCCGGCAGCUCGGUUGUUAUCCAGGUGAUGUUCCACACGCUGCUGAACAGCUCCUGGGGGGACUCUGUCAAGCUGCACGCCAAUGUGAGCUGCGACAACGAGCACUCGGGCCUCCUGGAGGACAACUCGGCCACCACCAGCGUCCCCGUCCUGUACCCCAUCAACAUCCUCACUGAGGACCAGGACAGCUCCACACUCUACAUAAGCUUCACCCCCAAGGGGACCAAGGUCCACCAUGUCAGACACAUCUACCAGGUGAAGAUUCAGCCGUUUGUCCGUGACCACAACGUGCCCGCCCUGGAGGCCUUGAUUGGGGUACCAGGGCCUCAGAGCGAAGGACCCAUCACUCACAGCUGGAAUGUGCAGAUGGAGCCUCCUGUCAACUGUUCUAUUGAGAACCUGGAAAGGCCACCCAACGUGGCUGAGCAGCCUUGCUUGCCUGGAGCCCAGUUCCGCUGCCCAGUGGCCUUCCAGAGGGAGAUCCUCGUCCAAGUGACCGGGACUGUGGAGCUGGUGGGGGAGAUCAAGGCCUCCUCCAUGAUCAGCCUCUGCAGCUCCCUCUCCGUCUCCUUCAACAGCAGCAGGCACUUCCACCUCCACGGCAGCAACGCCUCCCUGGCCCAGGUCGUCCUGAAGGUGGACGUCAUAUAUGAGAAGGACAUGCUCUAUCUCUACGUGCUGAGCGGCACCGGGGGGCUGUUGCUGCUGCUGCUGAUUUUCCUGGCGCUCUACAAGGUCGGCUUCUUCAAACGGAACCUGAAGGAGAAGAUGGAGGCUUCCGCCGAUGCCGCCAAUGGGAUCCCUGGAGAAGGCCCUGGGCAGGUGGCGUCUGAGGAAGAGGCCAGGGACCCGAGCUGCGUGGAUCUCCUCCCCAAGGAGGAGGCCCUGGAAGGAGGCGGCACAGACUGAGGCCCAGGCCUGGCGCAGAGGGUCCGGGACCGGACUUGGGGUGCUGGUGCCACUCUGCCUCUACCUGCACGUCACUGUGUCCUCUAGCCCAGCGGUCGCCAACCUUCCGGACCUCGCAGACCACCGGUUGGCGGCUGCUGCUUAGCCAGUCUGCCCUCCCUCGGCCCCGGGUUUCCGUCUUGAACACGGAGCUCACUCCUGCCUGCCCCCAGGGACGGGCCAGGAAGCGGCCAAGGUGAGGCCUUGUGGUUACCGGCUGGUCCUGGCUUCUAAGCCCCUCUUAGCUUCCCCCCUGGAAGAGAGCGCUGAUCUAAAUUUGGGGAAACGAGUGACACUCCCAGCCCUCACACCCACCUGCCCACAGAGGCCUCGGGCUCCCAGAGCCUCGCCCGCUCUCCUGCCCGGCGCCCGGCUUCCAUUCCGCCAGAGAGAUCUGACCUGUGUCACCGCUUCUGCUGCAAACCCUUGCGCCUUAGCUGGAGACCAAACUCCUUCCAGACCUGCCGAACAGCCUCAGGGUGCCCACGCCAAAGGGCCCCCCCACCCCCGCUGCCUCCCCGCCCCUGGCAGAGCCCUCCCACCUCCCUGCUAAGCUCCAGUUACACCGGCCUUCUCACUUGCUCCCUGAGCUUUUUCCUGCCUCUGCCUUCACCCAGCCUGCUCUCUGCCCAGACAUCCCCCCCUCUCUGCCCGGCUGGCUCUCAUCGGUCUUCAAUCUCAUGUCUCACAUCCCUUCCCCAGGGCAGCCCGCCCCUGACUCACCUGGGUCCCCACUUCCUGCGCGCUGCCGCUAGCCUGCAAUUGUCCAUCAGAGCAGGGAUCCCACUAGUUCAUUGUGAAAGGACUUAUUGCUUAUCCGUGUCUCAGAUCCAGCAGUGAGCUCCACGGGUAGGGACCGUGCCUUGGAGUCCCUGGUGAUAUCACAGGCCUAGACACGCAGUAGGUGCUUGACACCAUGUCACUCAGUUAGUGAGGGAGCCUGUGGGAAGAUGGAGGAAACGUUUGGAUGGGUCCGUGGCAUCCCUCUUAAGGCUCCGUCUUCCACAGGCGCCUACUCCACAGCCCCCGCCAGGACUCGGUCACACCCCCACCCACACCCCCUAAGAGACUGAGCUCAGGGGUGGGGACCCGGCUCCCGGUGCCAAUAAAUGGGAAAGUCUGUCCAAUUUGGUGCUGUUUCUGUGCUGGUGCCACGUUCCAGCCCGGCUCAUUAAGUGAACAUUUUCUUCUCAACCCUUCCACUAAGUGGGACCCAAACAGCUCU